GGCAGUGUCUCUACAGCAGUCUCACAAUCACUGACCCUAGUCUCGAGCACUCUUUUCUGGGCUUUUUUUUUUGCUAAAUUCCAGGACCGAUUUGUUUGAAACAUUAUUGGAGGAGUGAGAUUGGAGAGAGCUUUUGCAGGAUGAGACACUUCGCCUUGUUCCUUUAUGCAGCGCUCGUGGCGGGGAUAGAUCCUACCCCUUCCAGUGAUAACAAUCUGUCCCACUGUAACACCAAACUCAAGGACAUCCCAGGGCAGCCCAUGUGCGUGUAUCGUACACCAGAUAAGAAAUCCCAGGUGGCUCAGACAGCAGAUAAAGCCACACAGCCAAAAGCCAAGGGCAUCCCAGAGAACACCAACCCUCGGGUCUGGGAGCUGUCCAGGGCUAACAGCAAAUUCGCCUUCGAGUUUUACAAACAACUGGCCACCUCGAAGACCAAUGGGGAGAACAUCUUCCUGUCGCCCCUGAGCAUCUCCACAGCUUUUGCCAUGACGAAACUGGGAGCCUGCGGUGACACCCUGCAGCAGCUAAUGGAGGUCUUUAAAUUUGACACCAUCACAGAGAAGACAUCAGAUCAAGUACACUACUUCUUCGCUAAGCUCAACUGCCGACUAUACCGGAAAGCCAACAAGUCUUCGGAGCUGGUUUCAGCAAAUCGGCUCUUUGGUGAGAAGUCGAUAACCUACAACCAAACAUUCCAGAACAUCAGCGAGGCUGUAUACAGAGCCAAGCUUAUCCCUGUCAACUUCAAGGAGAAAUCAAAGUUAGCCAGAAAGGUCAUCAACUCUUGGGUGGCCAACAAGACUGAGGGACUCAUCAGAGAUGUUAUCCCUCCUGAUGCCAUAACACCCUACACUACCCUGGUUAUUGUUAAUGCAAUCUAUUUUAAGGGACUAUGGAAGUCCAUGUUUGAGAAGGAGAUGACAUCGAAAAGGGAGUUUGAGAAAACAGACAGAAGUACCUGCAAAGUCCCGAUGAUGCAGCAACAGGGCUCGUUCCGUUUUGGCAAGUUCACCAAGGAUGGAGUGAAGGUGAUUGAGCUCCCGUACAAAGGCGACGAUGUCUCCAUGGUGCUGAUCCUCCCGCUGGCAGAUGGGACCCUGAGUAACGUCGAGAAUCACCUGACGCACGAGAAGAUCGUGGAGUGGCUGAGGCAGCUGAACCCAUUGGACGUGGAUCUCUCAUUGCCCCGCUUCCGAGUUGAGGACUCUUUCAGUCUCACCGAGAAGCUGAAGCAUUUGGGCCUGAAUGAUGUCUUCAGCCCAGAGAGAGCCAACUUGCCAGGGCUAAUUGAAGGAAUCCAUGAUAACGUUUAUGUGUCUGAUGCAUUCCAUAAAGCUUUCUUGGAGGUGAACGAGGAAGGUAGUGAGGCUGCUGCGGCAUCAAUGGUGAUGGUGAUGGGGCGGUCACUGAGGCCCAGUCUGGAGAUCUUCAAUGCCAAUCGGCCGUUCCUGUUGUUGAUCAGAGAGGUUGCUAUCAAUGCUAUCAUCUUCAUGGGGAGAAUAUCGAACCCAUGUUAAUUCACAGUGAGGACAGGAGUGAGUCAUAUCAGCAUUAAGAUAAUAACAAAAACUCAACCAAAAUGUUUCUGGGGUUCUUACCUUAUUAUGAGAAAUAAAGAAAUAUAGACUUGUA